CGCCCGGCGCCGCCGCCGCCAUUUUGGUGCUCGGCUCGGAGAGGGGAGGGAACCCGUAGGAGAAAGCGGGAGCUCGGCGUUUCUGCCCUCCUCGCCUGGCUCCGGCGCUGAGGCACCGUAGCAGCCUACCCCCGCCACCUUCCCGCGCCGCCCGCCCGUGUCAGCCGCCGCCGCGCCUCGCCCGCCGCUCAGCCGGGCCCGCCGCAGGCCGGAGAGGCGGGAAGGAUGCCCCGCACACCCCGCCGCUGAGCGACACCGGGGGCCCUGACCGCCGCGUCUGGCCGGCCCCACCCCAGCCGCUCCUCGGUCCUUCGCCUCCCGAGGCACAGAGCUUUUCCUUCUCCCCGAGCUCCCCUUUCCCUGCGGUUCCUCGCUCUCGGGCUGGGCAGCAGCCGCUUUCCGCUCGUCCCCUACUCGCGCCGCCUCACGGGCCUCCUUGCCCAGGCCUUCCCUCUCCGGGUCUGCUCCUCCGCCCGGGUCCUCGGGCUCUUCCCCCUCCCUUCUCCUCUCCCCGCCCGGAGCCAUGUCCUCCGCCGCCCGUUUCGAUUCGUCGGACCGCUCCAGCUGGUACGUGGGCCCGGUGUCCCGGGCGGAGGCGCAGACGCGGCUGCAGGGGCAGCGGCACGGCAUGUUCCUGGUGCGGGACUCCUCCACCUGCCCGGGGGACUACGUGCUCUCCGUGUCCGAGAACUCCCGCGUUUCCCACUACAUCAUCAACUCCUUGCCCAACCGCCGCUUUAAGAUCGGCGACCAGGAGUUCGAGCACCUGCCCGCGCUGCUGGAGUUCUACAAGAUCCACUACCUGGACACCACGACCCUCAUCGAGCCCGCGCCCAGGUAUCCAAGUCCACCAAUGGGAUCUGGAUCUGCCCCUGCUAUGUCUGCUGCAGAAGAGAAUGUGGAGUAUGUUCGGACUCUCUAUGACUUUCCUGGCAAUGAUGCUGAGGAUCUUCCGUUUAAAAAGGGUGAGAUACUGGUAAUUGUAGAGAAGCCAGAAGAACAGUGGUGGAGUGCCAGAAACAAGGAUGGUCGGAUUGGGAUGAUUCCUGUUCCUUACGUAGAAAAGCUAGUCAGAUCUUCUCUUGGGAAGCACGGAAUCAGGAAUUCCAACAGUUACGGUAUCCCAGAACCUGCCCAUGCUUAUGCUCAGCCUCAGACCGCAAGCCCCCUUCCCUCAGUAUCCAGUACACCUGGAGCAGUGAUCAAUCCUCUGCCAUCAACACAGAAUGGACCAGUCUAUGCCAAAGCUAUCCAAAAGAGAGUACCCUGUGCUUAUGACAAGACUGCACUGGCAUUAGAGGUGGGAGACAUUGUGAAGGUUACAAGGAUGAACAUAAACGGUCAGUGGGAAGGAGAAGUCAACGGCCGAAAAGGGCUUUUCCCCUUCACACACGUCAAAAUCUUUGACCCCCAGAACCCCGAAGAGAGCGAGUGACCCCCUGCCCCACUCCCACUGCUGCUUCCUGCCCUGGCUGUCGGUGGCAUUGUUUGAGGUGGGAUGGUGACUGAUGGCACGUUGCUAGCAUUGCCCAUUGUCCAGCUUGCUGCAGUUUGACGGUUCUUUUCGUAUACCUUGGAGUACAUACAACUGAAGGCACUGCCUGACCAUACCUUAGUUGCAUCAUCCAGAACUUAGUUUCACUUUUGAAACUAUUGGGCCUUAAGCUGGAGAAGACUGAACCAACGUGUAGCAGAGAAGCAUGGGAAGAAAAACCUUUCCCAUUGAGACUUCCGUGGACUUUUUCUGGCUUGCUCAGUAGGAAGAGCCCUCAUUUUAGAUCAAACAUGCAACUUGUGCAUUACUGUCCAACAAAAAGCAACAACAAAAAUGCAAUUUUAGGACUGAAGAAGACUUAGUUUUAAGAGAACCUGCCCUAAGGUAGUACAUUUUAAAUGAUGGUCUCUUUAAAGGACAAACAUCGAAGCUUAUGUAUUCUAAGCAGUUGUGUUAGAAACUGCUCUUUUCUGUUAACUCUUAAGCUUGUUGUUGACCUUCCUGAAACAGUGUGUUAAAUGCAAAUAAUCAUGGAUUGAUCUGCAUUGAAGCUGAGGCAUUUAUUUAUGAGGAAGCUUAGGAGGGAGUGAUACCUGUAUCCCGGUUUUGAUACGCUUAACAUAUUUGUUGAUUUUUGCAAGCACUAACUGUAGACAGCGAGCUUUAAAGGGAAACACUUUGGCCUGGUCUACACACAGCUCUUCUGCAGUGUUGAAAGUGUGGUUUCACUAGUAGAGAAGUGCUUGUCACAGAGCUGUUACUUGCUAGACAGACUGAUCAGAUUGCCAUGGCAUGGGGAGGCAGUAAAGGAGUGGGACAGAAAAGCUUAGUAAAUAGUGAUAAAGAUCCUCUUAUUUAAACAUACACCUUUUAUACCCAUUUCUCUGCAGGCUCCCUUACUCUCCAAAGUUUCCUAGCUGUGCCAGCCCCAGCUUGCUGAAAGCUCCUUUCCAAACACAGUACCUGUUUUCCAGGAUAUCUCCAUGGUGCUUGUUUUCCAGAGCUGCUUUCAUCUUUUUCCUUCUCCUUUCUUUUCCUUGCUUGCAUCCUAAGUCCUCUGCACACUACUUUUCUUUCACCCUUCUGAUUGAGCUGGCUCUGGUUUAUAUAUGCCCUGGAUCCACCCUCUUCCCAGCAGCCUCUAGGAUGUGGUUAAUUGGAGUCAGCUGCCUGGGUUCCCCACCUGAGAAAUCAGUGCUGAGGCUGGAGGAGGCCACAAAGGUGUCUGUGAUGAGUAGAGCAUCUCCCCUUUCCUGUGCAUGAGCUCUGCUGCCAUGGUCCUGCUUGCAGUAGGGAACCACGGGGCUGCAGCUGGCACCCACACGCCAUGCCGGAGAGUCCUGAGCCAUAGCGCGGGACAUGGCAGCUUGGGCAGGCUGGUGUCCUGUAGGGCUUUGUAGAUGGACUGGAAGGUGCUUGUCAAAAGAAUGGAACGCUGAAUUAACAGAAUCCACGUCUGCAAAGGUGACACCUGCACCCCUCUGCAGCCAGCACGGGUGAAGACAAGCCUGUUGUGAAAGCUGAUGGGACCCAGCAGCCUCAGGCCUCAGCUGCAGCAGAAACGUCAGACAAGGCACAAUCCCACCCCUCCUUACAAAUGUCACAUCACAUAAACGUUGUUGUCUCAAGUUCCAGCAUGUUUCCUUGUUGAUUUGUGUUGCUUGACCCUAAUAAAAGCACGUUGGUCUUAGCUGAUGUGAAAGUGCCAUGAGGUCCUUAAUUGGAAGGCACUGAAGAAAUGCAAAAGUGGUAUUUGCAACAAGACAUCCGAAAUGUCUCUGUUCCUCUGUGAGCUAUUUCCUGUAGUAUUGAUCAAGUGUCUGACAGUCUAGAAGUUCUUGUUGAGCAUUGUACUACCAAAUUAACUGUGAAGUAGAGUAGCAUUGACUGAAGUGUUUGGUGCUGUAAAUCUCGACAAUAGGCAUUGACGUUUUGUCUUGCAAAGAAAAGCUAUGCAGCUCUCAACUACAGAAGGUGAUGCUUUUUCUGUGCCCCAGCUACACCCAAAAGUUUACUACAUAGAUUGUACUACUGAAAGUCAUCUUUUGCAUACAGAAACUGCACUAAACUCAGUCUGCUGCAGAGAAAUCUUAUUUCAGCCCUGACCUAGUUACAGGCAGCUCUUCAGAAGACUGAUUACAGGAUUGGGCCUUUGUGUGGUGAAUAAAUACUGUGAGAUUUGAGCUCUUGAACGCAGCUUUUAACCUGGAGGUUUUUUUUCACUGAAAUAAAGGUCUUGACUCCUCCCCUCACUGAGUAAGGGUCACGCUUUGAACACAGGCAUUGCUUUAGGUUUCACUGUCUUCUGAUACUGCAGAAAAGCAAAACUGUUUACUUUCAAAACUAUGCAAAACUUGUGUGUGGUGGCAUCUGAUGCAGAGACAAGAGCUCUGGGGUCUGCGGGGCAGGGCAGGGAGGAGCAGCACGGCUGGCGCUGAGCCGUGGUGCCCGUGGAGCGGCUCUGCCCCUGCACCUGGCAGCGUCUCCACAGACAGGCUGCAUUGCCACCAGUGCUCCUCUGAGGGGCUGUGGGUUCUCAGCCGCUUGUUGCGUGCUGACACGGGCCGUCCUCGCUCCGUGACGCCUGUCAGUGGUCCCCUGUGCGUGUGAACGUCCCCGGGCGCGGGAGGGGCAGCUACCGGCACGAGAGCCACGACAGCCGCUGCCGUCACUGCACCAGCCGGUUGUUGUGGCUGGUGGGGUGACCUGGUGCCACAGCAGCCAACCACCAGCACACACACACUGCUCUCCUCCCUCCUCUUACGUUGACGUGUAUAGAGACACUGAAGCCUCCGACCAGCCUGAAAGUUCGAGGGAAAACUGUUAAUCAGUGUCCAUCACUGGCUGAGCGCUAAUUGAAACCAUGAUUGUUUACAAAUUGGGAAGAUACAAACAAAAGGGAAUGUCCUGCUGGGGCUGAGGCUCCGAGGGGCCAAGUGUUAUUUUUGUGAAGGGAAAGCAGCCUCCUUUGUGCCAUUUCACGUGCCUGUAAAGGGAUUUUUUUAAUACUGUAUUAACAUCCUGGGAAUGAGUGGGCUGCCUUUGUUUUCUAGUCCAGUUUUCAAGCCUUUUCCGCCAUACCUGCAUCUGAAAGUGAGACCUGCCUAAAAGACUGCCUUUUGGGACCAGUGACAGCAUUCUUGUAGAGUUGUCAUUUUUUGUUUACUCAUGUUGAAGUAGAGUGUGUUUUGGGACAAGGACCCGGUUACUGCAGUGGGAAAGGUGGCCUUGUAUUUGAGACAGUCUUCACUGUGUAAACUUUUAAAACACAAUAUGUAAUUUAAAGACCAUGAUCUUCAGGCAAUAAUAUUAAGUGUAAGCUUCUAAAGUUUAUUUUGGGGAUCAUAGCGUGUUUUAUUUUUUGUGCUAUGAGAUUAACAGUAUUAAAUGAAUUAUAUUCUUAGAACAUACGGAGUGUCUUUUCUUAAGAUUAGUGCCUUUUUAAUUUCUUGCUCCACUUAUUUCAUAGAACUGGUCCCAACAUCAAGCCACUGUUUUUUUUUUCCCCAGUGCCCUGUUUGUACAGUCUAAAUAAAACUUGCCUCAACUUA